AACUCUUAAUAGUACUAACUUAUGUUUCCUUUUUCUGCACACCAAGGCCAUCAAAGUUAUCAUCAAAAUGACCUCGAGAAUUCCCCAAUUCAAGCUGAAAGGAACAGAAACCACAAGUUGUUUCCAGCCAAUUACACCAUCUUUAUCGAGUUCCUCAAAUGUAUAAUGAAGAUUGUACUUAUUGUAUUGGGUAUUGGACUCCAAAGGACAAAAAAACUAGAGGAAAGGAAAAGGCAACAUACAUGGGGAGUUCAAAUUAUGAAGUUGAUGAUUGAGAAAGAAGAACGUUACAAAUUCUAUGAAAGUACUGGGGAGAAGCCAGAAGAUACGUACCUCUAUAGUCAAAUUGGAGCACCUCCUACAGCACCCCCUCCAACAGAUGACAUUGCACAGAUCGAGCAACCACCAACUUCAAGCACAGAUAAGAAGAUAGAUGAUCUCAUGCCCGAGAUGUCCAAGACCAAGGAGACACCGCUAUUAGUGGCAUCAAAGAUGGGUACUGUAGAGAUGGUACAGAGGAUCCUCAAAAAGUUCCCAAUAGCCAUUCAAGAUACGGACUGUAACGAGAAGAACAUCCUGCUUUUAGCUGUAGAGCAUAGGCAAACAGAUGUUUAUAAUUGGUUAAUAGGAGAAAAGUAUCCAGAGUACGUGUUUUAUCAUGUGGACAAACAUGGAAACAAUGCAGUGCACCUAGCUGCAAUGUAUCAGAAGCUCGAGGUGUGGCGCAUCCCUGGUAGUGCUCUACAGUUGCAAGGCGAAAGGAAGUGGUACAAGUAUGUGAAGCACACUUUGCCACCACAAUCAUAUGUUCGUUAUAACAAUAAAGGUCAGACACCAAGACAGAUCUUCGUAGAGACACAUGCAAAGUUACUCAGUGAUGGAACUCAAUGGCUCGUCACAACUGCCAAUUCAUUCUCUGUCGUAGCAGCACUGAUUGCUACUGUUGCAUUUGCUACAUCUGCCACAAUCCCAGGCGGAGCCGAUGAUAAUGGCCAUCCACACUUAGAAAAUCAGCCUGCUUUCGACGUGUUCUCUAUAACAUCACUAGUUUCUCUUUGCUUCUCUGUCACGGCCCUAGUGUUUUUCUUAGCUAUCCUCACAUCUCGAUGCCGACACAAUGAUUUCGAGAAAGACUUGCCAAGAAAGUUGCUCCUUGGAUUAACUUCGCUUUUUGCAUCAAUAACUGCCAUUUUGAUCUCAUUCUGUGCUGCACAUUUCUUUGUCCUCCGGGAUAAAUUCAGGACUGCGGCAAUUCCAAUAUAUGGGGUAACAUGCAUACCUGUGGUGUUUUUUGCAUUUAAUCAGUUCCCUCUCUAUGUUGAUCUUAUAAGGUCAUACAUCCAAAUGCUACCACUUCGUAGCUAUAAGGUGUUUUAUACCGAUUCCUCAGAAGCAACUAGCUCAGAUCAGAAGAAAGAAGGUAAAGAAAAGGAUGAUUGAAACAGGUCAAAAUUAUGACAAGAGCAGAGCGUUGCACGGUUUCCUACUUCAGUUUCCAAAUAAGGCUGGGUUGUUUUGUGUCAAAAAAUGAUGAAUUCCAAGAAAGGUUUCCCUUCGUCGAGAGGAGGUAAGGUGGAGAUAUAAUUUUUCUAUCUAUAUCCUUGAAGAAACUCACACUUUUUUAAGCAUUCCAUGAUUUCAUGUACCUUUUUUUCCAGACUAAAGUUAGUUAAGAAUAGGGUGCUAAAUGUUGUUUGAUCCUGUAAUUCAUGUGAACUUGAGGAAGUCUUAGGGAACUUUCUAGGCAUUUUAACCCCUGGGAUGCUGUCCUCAUAAUUACACAAAUUGGGAUAGGCCCAUGAUAGACUUUCGCCCCUAAGCUGCCACCCUUCUAUACCAAUUGGGAUCGACCCAUGCUAGGCAUUUGUCAAGGUAUUAUCCUAUUUUGUAAAAUUAUUGAACAAGGAAAAAGUUUAGCUUUUCAAGGAUCAUUUUUUAUCCAAUAUGACUUAAAUCCAAAUAUAAAGAUUAGUCCCCAGCAUACCUCGCUCAAGCUCUAUUUAAUUUGGAUUGUAGCUGGUCCAUUUAAAGAGUGAUAGAAUGUAAAUUUAAGGACACUACAAGAGUGACGGAGAACCAAAUUCGAUUUAUGCCGGUAAAUUUACAACAGAUGCUAUAAUUUUAUUAAGGAGAUCGAUGGGAGUUUAUAGCAAGGGGAAAAAAAGAUUGGUGUUCAUUGACGUAGAGAAAGUCAUAUAGCUAGAAAGGUCCUUUGGUGGGUGUUGGAGACGAGAGGAAUUUAUAUUACAUUAAAUAUAUAAAUGAUAAAACAGACAUGUAUUUAGGAGCCAUCACUAGCAUAAAAACAGUAGUAGGAGAUGCAACGGAAUUUCUCAUAACCAUGAGUUUACACCUAGGGUCGGCAUUGAGCAUGUACUUGUUCACCCUUGUGAUGCAUGAGCAAAUAACUACAAUACAAGAUGAAGUUCCAUGUUGUAAACGGUAGUGUGCUAAAUCACAAAACCAAUGAUGGUACAUGGUAACUCUGCCCACCAAAGUUCAGACAGAUGGGAAGAAAUCACACCUAGUGUCUUGUGCCUCCACUGAGAUUUGAA